AUGGCGAACCGUCGACGCAGCAACUCCUCCGCUUUUCAGCUACCCCAAGAUGAUACCUCUCACUCCACAGAAGCCGGCGGAUCCUCCUCGACCCGCCACCCAGUUUACCAUGGAAUCCGAUUGCGAGCUGGGAAAUGGGUGUCUGAAAUUCGUGAACCGAACAAGUCAAGUCGCAUAUGGCUUGGCACGUAUCCCACACCGGAGAUGGCAGCCGCUGCUUACGACGUGGCCACAUUGGCACUUAAAGGUACGCAUGCGGUGCUAAACUUCCCAGAAUCUGUUCUCUCAAAUACGCUUCCUGAGUGUUCUACGGCUGACGACAUCCGUGCUGCAGCAGCAAGAGCAGCUGCUGCUCGAUCACCGGCUUAUGAAAGUGGUGAAGGAAGCAUGACGGUGGAUGCUGCAGAUAAUAUAUAUACAGCCCCUUCUGCUGGUGUAUUUAUGGAUGAUGAAGCAGUGUUUGGCAUGCCAAAUCUGUUAUUGGAUAUGGCGGAGGGAAUGCUCAUAAGUCCACCAAGGAUCGAUUAUAGUCCCCCGGACAAUGGGGCAUAUUAUUUUGGUGGAGGCAAUCUGUGGAACUACUGA